CUAUGGGCCACCGUAUAAUUUAAAAGCAACAGUUUUUAAUAAAUUCCAUAUUACAUAAUUAUCUAGAUGAUGAAAACCCACCUGAUGAAGAUAUCUAUAGCGAGGUAGAUGACUAUGAACCAAAUGGUGCCAGAGAAUAUUCAUCCGAACAUCGUCAUUUUUACCUAUCAUCCCAACCUGAUGAAUCAAUGUAUAAGACCCUCCUGGCGCGGUCUCAUUUUCGACCAGUAUUCCAAACUGAGCAAUCUUAUGGCUCCCACCUUCCUCAAUCUCAACCGGCAAUACGACAUGAUGACGAUUCUUUACAAUACAAUGCCUCUCAAUCUGAGUAUACCAGCGUGUCGGAAAAUGAAAAAAGCGUUUACGAGAAUGAUAAUCCUGGAAACAAUGGCAGAGCUGAAACCUGCGAGGAAGAAAGUUUACGUGAAAAUGCCUAUUACAACUUGGUUCAAGCGAGAAGAGAAGAGCGAAACACUUACCACUACAUGUGCAGUAACCAAUACAAAAUAACAGUAUCAAAUGGUAUGGUAUAGUAGCCUAAAAAUCUUCUGGAGUGCAUGAAUGUAAAGGAAUCUGAUUACCUUGAGACUGGUCCUUGAUCUUUACGCCCGGAUUUCUUUGUUUUCGUCUUUACCAUGAUGUUUAAGCGGGAGUUAAACUUUAACAUCAUAUAGGAAGUAAUAAAUUAAAACAAUUAUUUCAGCAGUAAAUUCGUAGUUUCAAUUCAGCAAAUGUUCGUCUACAAUAAGAGUAUUUUGGUUUUAAAUAUCAUUUUUUUAGAGAUUAUGGAGAAAAUACGGCGUUUCAAUAGCGGACCGGACGAUUUCCUGAAAGUGUUUGAAACUACUCACGAUGAAAUACGAACCGAUGAAGAAGCCUUCAUUAUCAAUGAUCUUUUAAGGAAAAGCGAUUCACCAAAUUCUCAAAUAAUGGAUGGCAAACUUGACCAUCUGGCAAUGCUUGCCUGCUGCAACAGUCCUCAUGUAGUAAAGAGAGCGCUCGAUGCUCUUUUAAAUGAAAUAUUUUUGAGCAUUUCCGAUUACUCAAGAAUUCGAUGUUUUAACAUAUUAAAAGCUGAAAACAUCUUUCGUGCGUCAUUUCUAAAGUUCGUAAAGGUUGACCAUUUUAAAGCUAAAUCUCAUCGGAUGACGACAUACGCUUGGCUCAUUACGUUAGUCCUUCUCAAGUGCAGUAAAGAAGAAUGCAUCGAAAUUCAACCAAAAAUCAAGGAGUUUGACAAAACGCUAGACGCUCUCCAGAGUGACAAGGAACACAGUUCACGAAAUACCUUUCGAUUCGGUAUCUAUCUCGCUCGGGAAAGUAUUAAAAGGAUCAUUCAGCACUGUGGGAAAAAAAAUUUUCGAGAAUCCUUGAACAGCAACCUAAAAAAGUGUGAAAAUGUUCUGAAUAGCAAGCUGGAAAAGAACGAAGUUAUGAAGCUUGGUCGAGCGAUCAACGAUGGAGGCAACUGGCUAGAUCUUCAUGUAUGCCUGGUGUUUUUACAAGAUUUACCAAAGGUAAUUAGUUUGAGUAACGGUUUGUAUAAGUUUACUUUGAACCCCCUGCCAAAGAAUAUUAGCACUUCAAACCGUUGAAGUUUUAGGCCCUUUCUGGUUGACUGCAAGAUUUGUUAGAUUGGUCAUGAUUCAUGAAUAGAGGUCACAAAUUUCAUACAAAAUCGUUAACCGUUAACAGAUCACUAAUUACACUGACCUGAAAGGUCAAGUGUGUUAAAUCUCUAAUUUUCUGUCUUUGUCGUCCAGAAAUCGAGUUUGCGCAAUUGCGCUAGCGCAUCGCAGGCUAAGUUUCCAGUGUUCCAGUUCUCUAUAUAUACAAUUAGUUUUCAAGAUGGCGG